AUGACCACACCUAAACGCCCGAACUUCCUCGUCAUCGUCGCCGAUGACCUUGGCUUCAGCGACACUUCUCCCUUUGGGGGAGAAAUUGACACGCCCAACCUGCACCGUCUAGCGAUGGAAGGCAUCCGCAUGACAGAUUUCCACACUGCGGCUUCCUGCUCACCGACACGGGCGAUGCUUCUGUCAGGCACAGAUGCGCAUAUCGCAGGACUGGGCGUCAUGGCCGAGAGAAGAAACCGAUUUCCACACAUCUUCGACGGUAAAUCCGGAUACGAAGGCUAUCUAAACUACAAAGUCGCAGCCCUGCCCGAGAUCCUACAAGACAACGACUACUUCACCUGCAUGUCCGGCAAAUGGCAUCUAGGCCUAACCAAAGAUGUAGCCCCCUGCUCCCGCGGCUUCACCAAAGUCUUUACCCUCCUCCCCGGCGCAGCCAACCACUACAACCACGAGCCCCAGCUCUACGACACCACCGAAAAGCCCCGAGUCAUCCUUAAGGGCGACAAGCAAGGCCUCUGGAUGCGCGACGACCAAUUCCUAAACGGCGACACAGACCUACCCAAAGACUUUUACUCCUCCAACACAUUUACCGAUAAUCUCCUCUCCAUUCUCCAGAAUCGCACCCCGGAUCGAAAGGACCAACCCUUCUUCGCCUACCUCCCCUUCACAGCCCCCCACUGGCCCCUCCAAGCACCCCCCGAAACCAUCCAGAAAUACCACGGCCAAUACGCCGACGGCCCCCUCGCCCUCCGCAGCCGCCGUCUCCAAAGCCUGAUCAAAAACGGCCUCAUCCCAGCAGAUGUCGAUCCAGCGCCCAUAAUCACCCUCGGCACGACCCCCUGGGACGAGCUACCUCCGGAAGAAAAGGCAAAGUCCUCCCGCGCCAUGGAGAUCUACGCCGCCAUGGUCGAUCUCAUCGACGUGAACAUCGGGCGCGUACGUGAAUAUCUCCAAUCCAUAGACGAAUGGGACAAUACCUUCGUGGUAUUCAUGUCCGACAACGGCGCGGAAGGUCAGCUCCUCGAAGCUAUCCCCGUCCUAGCGGGUGCUACUUUAGGCGACGUAAUCGAGAAAUACUACGACAACUCGCUCGAGAAUCUGGGAAACCAUAACUCCUUUGUAUGGUACGGGCCCCAAUGGGCCUCGGCGGCUACUGCGCCCUGUCGAGCUACCAAAUCCUUCACAACGGAGGGGGGAAUCAGGUGUCCGUGUAUUGUGCGGUAUCCGCCCCUGCUUAACGAAACCAUUGGUAUGAAGCCAGGAACUAUCACCAACACCUUCACCACAGUGAUGGAUAUUCUCCCCACGGUGCUCGAUCUAGCGGGUAUCAAUCUCCCCGGAACAACCUUCCGUGGGAGGGAAGUAGCACCCGUGCGCGGACAUUCCUGGCGGCCGUUGCUGGAAUCCAAAGUAGACGUCGAUAUCUAUCAUGCAGAUGUUGUGGGGUGGGAGCAGCUGGGUAUUGCGGCUGUGAGGGUUGGAAAUUGGAAGGCGUUGUUUUUGCCUCCGCCAAGGGGGCAGGGGAAGUGGGAGUUGUAUGAUCUGUCGAGGGAUUUGGGGGAGGUGGAAGAUCUUGCGGAGAGGAUGCCGGAGAAAUUGGCGGAGAUGAUUGCGCAUUACGAGAGGUAUUUUCAGGAGUCCGGGAUGUUUGAUUCUUAUUCGGUGUUUCAGGAGGAGUUGAAGAAGAAGGGAGUGGAGAGGGCUUGGUAG